AUGCCUCAUCAGCCCAAGCAACAGAGCUUUGGGGGAUCUGGUGUUUUUGGCCAGUUCCAAGCAAUGCCAAUCUCAAUGCCACCCCCUUCGACUAUCCCCCGGCACAAGAAGUCCUCAAGUAUCGAGAGUGGGGCUGAUGUCAUAAAUAAGUCGCAUUCACCCACGCCCCCACCAGGUCUUGGGAGCCGUUCUCACCGCCGGGCCCAAUCCUCCAUCAAUGCAGGAUCCAUGGGAAACUUUUCCUUGGGCCACGCUCCAAAUUUCAAGGCUACACCAGUGGAGCCUGCUCAGACAUACUCGGCAGCUGCGAAUCCCGCCAACUCACAGGCUAGAGGUCAUUCCAGAAGACACUCCCUGGGUUUGAAUGAGGCCAGAAGAGCUGCUGCAAUGGUGCAAAUGCAACGUGCUGGCGAUUCGCCCCCAAAGAUCCCGCCACCAGCUUCUUCGCCAUUGGCUAGUGCAAGCAGCGGUUCUUCAUCUUCAACUGUUUCGGCUGCUGGUUCCAACCCCCCUGCCCCUCCCAGCUUCAAGUUUCCAGCAACUCCAGUUGAGUUGGAGGACAACUCUCUGGAUUCUGGGUUUCGCAGACAGCCAUCUCAUAGUCGUUCAAGAAGUGCCUUGCCUUCAACAGAGAGGUCACCACAGAGACAGUUUCAGUUUCCAGCGAGGGAGAACUCCCUGACUGGCUCCUCAACGAAUCCUGCCAAUAACCUGCUAGUCCCACCAAAUCCAAACUUUGCUGGCCAUCGCAGACGUCAGUCUGGUAACAACUUCAACAGUGGUAAUACGUCAAACAGCUGGAGAAAGCAGCACACCCCUCAGAACUCCGAGGGCGGCUUUGUUCAAGGACAUCGCUCUAGAUUCUCCUAUGGCGGCUCCGUUUCCUCUAUGGCUUCUUUCAGCUCUCAGGGAGGAGGCUCUGGUCCUCAGAGGAAAAACUUGUUCACCAACUAUCUGCCUCAAAGCUCGUUAUCUGAGCUAAUCAGCGAGGGAAAGCUGGUUGUGGGAACUCUUCGUGUUAAUAAAAAGAACAGAUCAGACGCAUACGUGUCCACAGAUGGUGUUCUCGAUGCUGACAUCUUCAUCUGUGGGUCCAAGGAUCGUAACAGAUCACUCGAAGGCGACCUUGUUGCCGUUGAGCUUCUUGUUGUCGAUGAAGUGUGGAACUCCAAGAAGGAAAAAGAGGAGAAAAAGCGUCGUAAGAAUAAUAACAACAACCAGGCCGACAAGGCUGGUGAUGAUCUUCACAACGAUGCGGGAACCAGUUACACUGCAUCUACAGGUUCGCAAACGGAUGCUGGAAAAGAUGGCUUUUCAUCUCCUUCUACUUCAGGUUCUUUGACCAGAAGAGGCUCCUUGAAGCAGAGACCAACCCAAAAGAAGAACGAUGAUGUCGAGGUCGAAGGUCAAUCUUUGUUGCUUGUUGAGGAGGAAGAGAUCAGUGAUGAGUAUAAGCCUCUGUAUGCUGGCCAGGUAGUUGCCAUCGUCGAGCGUACACCGGGCCAAUGCUUUUCUGGAACGUUGAUGGUGAAUAGACCCUCGCAACAAAAUUUCUCUCCUGAAGACCUCAAACGUCUCAAAAUUGUCUGGUUCAAGCCAACCGACAAGAAAGUGCCGCUUAUUGCCAUUCCUGUUGAACAGGCUCCAAAGGACUUCAUAGAAAACGAGAAGAAGUACUCGAACCAAUUGUUCGUGGGUUUGAUCAAGAGAUGGCCAAUCAGCUCUUUGCACCCCUUUGGAAACCUGGUUUCUCAGAUCGGAGCCAUGAACGAGGUGGAGACUGAAAUUUCUGCUAUUCUGUGUGAUAAUAAUUUCAUGUCUGACGAGUACUCCGAAGGAAACCCCGAAAAAGCAGCUCUUUAUCUCAAAGACAUCCCAGACCCAGCAUCUGGAUUUGUUCAGGCGAAUAGGAGGGACUUUACCAGAGAGUAUGUUAUAGCAUGCACUCAGACGGGCAGCUUCUGCGACCACGCGUUGCACGUGAAGCGCAUCUCCGAGACAAAGAUUGAACUUGGUGUUCAUUUCGCAGAUACCACAUUUUUUAUAAAGCAGGAUUCAUUUCUUGACAAAAUGUCUAGAAAGAGAUCUCAUUCGGUUUUUCUUCCUCAGAGAGCGGUUCACUUACUUCCGGAGAAGUUGAAUGAGUUGAUUUCUUUCAAGGAGAACGAAAAGGGUCUGUCUAUGUCAGUUGUCUUUGCGAUUGACACAUCCAAUUUUGAGAUCAAUAACGUGUGGAUGGGCGAGGCUGUUGUUCUCCCAAAACAAAAAAUUGACUAUGCUUCCAUUGAUUAUAUCUUGGGACUGUCAACCGGUAUUAAGGGCCCACAACUGGAUUCGUUCAGUAGUGCCACGGCUGACUAUGUCAGAACCUUUUCAUUAAUUGCAAGAGAGUUCAGAAGGAAGAGACUCUUCAACCCCACUUUGGAAAACGAGCCAACUUUACCUUUGAUCGAGCAAUUGGAUGAUGAAAAGGUAAAACUUUCGUUGAAUAUUUUUGACCCAUCGCCAUCUACCUCGUUGAUCGAUGAAAUUUUCCACACUGUGAAUGUUGCAGUUGCCCAGAAGAUUCACGCUGGUUUGGGAGAUCGCGCUUUUUUGAGGAGAAAUGCUGCUCCCACUUUGCAGAAAAUCGCAUCCAUUCAGAAGAAGAUUGAUAACCUGGGAGUCCAAUUGGACACCACUAUGGGUUCCACUGUCUUGAAUUCGAUUCUGAAUAUCAAGAACCCGGUCACAAGAGAAUGUAUUGAAACAAUUUUGGUCAAAUGUAUGCCCAGAGGCAAGUACGCUGUUGCUGGAACAUUGUCUGAUAAGGAAGAUCUCGUUCAUUAUCUGUUCAAUGUGCCAAUAUACACCCACUUUACAGCUCCCUUGCGCAGGUAUGCAGACUUGAUCGUUCACAGGCAGUUGAAGGCAGUUCUGAAAAACGAAACCGAUGACUACCCCAAAGAUCUUCAUUCGCUUAAGGAGGUUGCUGAUUUUUGCAACUUCAAGAAAGACUGUGCUAAGAGUGCUCAGGAGCAGGCGAUUCAUUUAAUUCUGUGCCAGACAAUCAACGAUAUGAGUCAGGCAACUGGCCAUUUGCUGUGCAUGGGUGUUGUGAUACAAGUCUACGAGUCUGCGUUUGAUGUGUUCUUGCCCGAGUUUGGAAUAGAGAAACGUGUUCACGGAGACCAAUUGCCGCUACGUAAGGCCGAGUUUGACAAGAAGUCCCGUGUUUUGGAACUGUUUUGGGAGAAGGGUGUUGACUCUGCAACAUAUGUCCCAGCUGACGAGAACGAGCCGUUAUCGUAUCGUAACUCUAUCAAGAACAAGUUCCGCUCUGGAGCACUGGAUGUCGCUAAGGUUCAGAGUAAAGCCCAUUUCGAAAAGUCUGGAGGCAUAAUUACGGAGACUUUUGCGGAGAAACUAGCAAAACUGGGAUUGACACCUCCCAAGAUCAUCGUUCCUGUCGAUAACGAGUCAGCCCACCUUCGCGCCCCACUCACUGAUAUUGCAUCAUCCCCAAAGAGCAUGCCAAAUACUCCAGUUCGCCCACAGAUUGAGAAGCAGAAAUAUGCUCCUCGCAGUACCUCGGAACUUGAGGUUCGCUCCGAGAAUUCUGCUGCAAACAACCAGGAUACCGUUUUGAAUCCUUACUUGCAAAGUUGCAUAACAAGAGUUGACGGUGACAACUACAUUCAGGAGAUCAGGGAGCUCAAGACGGUUCCAAUUCUGCUGAGAGCCGAAAUUGGAAUGGCGUUGCCUUGUUUGACUGUUCGUACCCUGAAUCCAUUCUCUGGAACCAAAACAGACUGA